UCGUAUUAAAUGGGUGUCGAGUGCGCGUAGACGGACGGAAACGAAAUGUGCGCGAGUAUAUAAAUGUUUGAAGUGCUUCGAAUUGUAUGUUGUAAUACGAAAUUUGACGAAACAGUGUUUAAAACAAAAAGAGAAGUAAACAAAAAAUAAAAAAUGAAAUAAAAACGAGUAUAUAAUUUUAUAAAUAAAAAAAUAUUAUUAAUUUAAAAAAAUAUUAAGUGUUUGUUGCAUUUCCGCCGCAGAGUGUGUUGCUUCCGCAAAGUCAUAUAACAGCUCAACUGAUAGUGUGGCAUGAAUGCAUAAGCAAUGCGCAAAUUAUCGCAUAUAAACUGCAGGCAAAUGCAAUAAAAUGCGCUGAAGAAGCGACAUAGUGGAAGUGUCUGCGUUUCCGGUGAUAAAUAUUUAAUGGCAUAAAUUCAUAAAUUCAAUGAGUGCACAAGUGUAUAAUGCAAAAAAUUCAAACAUAAAACACUCCAUGAAAAUACGGUGAAAAAGAACGUGGUGAAAGCAAACGCAAAUGCGACAGGAACUAGCAUAUCCUGCAGAAUAACUUAUCAAGUAAGUUGGGCGUAAAAGAAAAUACCAAAACGAAACUAAUACACACAACAAUCAAACAAACGCUUAAGCCAAAAAAGUUAUAAAACAAACAAAUGCAUUACCUGCAUUUUUGCCUGACGCUCACCAUAAUCGUGUUGCUAACGCUACUACACUUGUCAGCACAGGCUGCCGGCAAUGGCAACGAUAACAGCAAUGUUGGCAGCGCGAGCGUUGAGGAUUUGGUCGAUAAAUACACGACGACGCAGGCGCGUGAAAUGCUUAGUCAUUUGCGGCAGAGCAGCAGCGCAGAUGCGGACGCCGUUGCCGAUGCAGUGCUCAUGGAUUCGUUAGAGAAAAAAAAGUGGCAACAAUUGGUUUUGAGCAAACAGCAACAGCAACACCAACGCCAACAGCAACAGCGCGUACGGCGACAACAGCAGCAGCAGCAGCAGCAACAUCAACGGCAACAUCGUCGUCGUCAGCGUCAAAAUAAAAAAUCACGCAACUCCAACUCAUCUGAUGAUAUUAUUGAUGUUGUUGCUGAUGGCGAUAGCGUUGAAGUGGUUACAGCGCCGUACGCCAAUACAGCUGAGGAGUGGGACGACGACGUGUCUUCAUCGGCGACAUCGCUGGAUGACAACCAAGACGAUAAGGUGCCCUACGACAUUUACACUUGUUGCAGCGAGGUAUUUGGCUCAUGUCGUACAUCAUGCGAAAAUCUUUCCUUGGUGCAAUUGGCCUCAUCAGACAAUGCGAAUGGCCGUAGUCUGCGCUUGGAAUUGAAGAAAUAUUGUCCCUCAAUGCAAACCAGCUUUUGGAGUUGUAUGAAUCUUACAUUAGAAGCCGUUGCACGUGGCGCUGAGUGGUCGGGUCGACGUUGUUGCGCCUUGGGCUUGUCACCGCGCUGCCGCAAUGCCUGCGCCACAUCAGAGUCCACGACGGAACCACAACUAAUCAGCGCGUGCCGCAAAAGUGAUGAGCAACACAUGUUCGCUUGUUUUGAACAUCAGGAGACCGGCGAUCGUUGCUGCAGUACGGCGCGCACAUCGGAGUGCUUACAGGCCUGCCGCGACGUCUUUGAAUCGCAGAAGACAUACCGACGCAACAAGCACCAUCGCUUGCACGAGCUGUGCCACGAGAAACGCGAUGCUGAGGUGCUACAAUGUAUAAACAACAUAACAGGCAUGACGCCGGUGACAAACUCCCACAAAUACCUACCUUGCUGUGAGUUCUCCAAAGUGGAUAGCUGUCGUAGCGCCUGCCGUUCGGUCUUGAAUAGCACCGAGAGCAUUGAUAUCAUCAUCGGCGAGCUGGAGGUUAGUGGUUGUGGCAUACUGCUGCCACAUAUACCGUUAUGGCAGUGUUUCUUGACAGCGGAGCGCACUAUAUUCGUGCCGGCUACGAAGAGCACCAACGAACUGUCUCAGAUCAAUCAGAUUGGCAUUGACUCGGCCAAAUUGCAUUGCUGUGAGAAGGCGAAAUUUCCGAAAUGUCGACGUCUCUGUAUGCAGACUUAUUCGAAUGAUUGGACCGCAACGCGCGCGUUCUUCGAGGAGUCAUGUCUGCUGGACCACAACGAAUUGAAGCUACGGCAGUGCAUGGACGAAGUGGACGAACCCUGUGAAUUGGGUUGUGAUGGUCUAAGUUUUUGCACCAAUUUCAAUAAUCGCCCCACAGAGUUGUUUCGCAGUUGUAAUGCCGAUGCGGAUUUGGCUGCCCGUUCGGAUCUGAAAAUGUGGCAGCAAAAUGGCUCUGUCAUCUUGGAUGGCUUGGAGUUGCCUAUUAAGAAUAUGACACGUUGUGCACCCGAACAGUGGAAGGCCAUCGCUUGUGCAUUGCAAAUCAAGCCCUGCACGCGCGAUCGACACUACAAUCAUAUUUGCAGGGAGGAUUGCUAUGAGAUCUUGAGCGAGUGCAUGGAUUGGACGCGCAUGCGUUUGGCGCUCAAUGCCGACUCGGUGUGUGCGCGUCUGUCGCCGAACGAAGAUGUGCCCUGCGUCUCGUUGCGUCCGUAUCGCGAAGAAAGUGAUGUACCGAAAGAAACUGGCGGUUAUCAUGGCUUAACGGCGCCUUGUAAAGGCCAUCCAUGUAACGCCAGUGCUGCUUGUUUAACGCGGCGCAAUGAGAGCAACACGUAUGAAUGCGUACCAGGCUGUAGACUCGGUGAGGCGUCUAACUAUUUAGUGCCAUUUGGCGCUUAUGUGCGUAUACCAGUGUUGCAGGCGGAAAAGCCGGCUAAGAUUGUUGGCGAUGCUGCUACGGGUGCUUUUAAGGUGUGUCGCUGUGGUGCGCAGGGACGCAUCGAACACUGUCAACCCUUGCCGAGUUUCAGUUAUGCGCGUUGCCUGCUGCCGGGCGGCCGUAGCUAUGAGCACGGCAAGUCCUUUUACUUGGAGUGUAAUCUGUGUAGUUGCUUCGCCGGUGAGAUUACGUGCACCAAGAAGCAGUGCCGCUUAGCAAGCUAUUUAGAUCCAUCAUACACAAGUUUACCCUGUAAUUGUCCCACACAUUUUGUGCCCGUUUGUGGCAGCAACGGUAACACCUAUCACUCCGCUUGUAUUGCCAAAUGUCUCGGCAUGCAGGACAAUGAGAUACAGUAUGGCGCUUGUGCCACAUUAAAUCCAUGUCGUGAAGGCGCCUACAGCUGUCCAGCUGGUCAUCAGUGCUUAGAGCAACGAAAAAUCUGCUUAUCAUCGAUGCAUCGUCCCUGUCUGCAGUAUCAGUGUGUCAAUCUCACCGCCGGCUGCGCGUCCGCCGAACCGCGUCCGGUAUGCGACAAGCAGCGACGCACGCAUAACAGCGCCUGCGAUUUACUUGCCGCGCAUGCAACACUGGCGCACUGGGGCGCCUGCUUUCGCAGCUGUUCUAUGCAGGGACCGGUAUGCGGCAUCAAUGGCGUUACAUAUACACACGAGUGCGCCGCUUGGGCCGAUUACAUUGUUAUCGAUUAUCGCGGUCGUUGUCGUCAGGUGGGUCUACUCGUCGCUGAUAUGGGCCCGCGUUGCAAUAGCGUGCGUUGUCCACGUCUGCCAUCACCCCACUGCCGGCGUAUUGUGCCACCCGGCGCUUGUUGCGCCAUCUGCGCGGGCGCUUUUCGCGUUGUCUACUCGCGUAAGCAGAUCGAUCGCGCGCUUUACGCGGUGCGCGCUCAAAACAAGGAUCUAAUAACGUUGCAUAGCGUGUUGCAAGCAUUGGAUGCGCUCGUGCAGUUCUCCGAAUGCCAGCUAACCGGCUUUCUCACCAUGGAGGUGGGCAUAUUUGUGGCGCUCGUACCGCGCGCCACUACGCCGAUGCGCAUGCAAGUCGAAGCAUGCGCCCGCGAGGCCGAACGCAUCUCGCUGAUGAUCGAGUCGCAAUCGCAUGAGAUCACGACGAAUUUAUUACUCUCCGGUUUGAUCGUUUCGCAUUUGGUGGAACCGAGCACGGAUGGCGGUGGUGCACGCUUACUGCUUAUGCCCAGCUUGGCAAUUAUUGCUUCGCUGGCAGUGUGGACACUGCAGAGUAGGCGCGUUUUAUAGUUAUAGCAUUUAAGUUGUUACUUGCUGUGGGUGAAGUGGAAGGUGAAAAAAUGUUUUUGUAAAUCUGCUGAGUGAAUUCUUAGUGCCAAUUUAGUAGUUAGCUAAUGUUUAAUGUUCUACGCAUGUGUUACGCAAUAAUAAGCCAAAAUGUAAAUAGCUUAGUGUUAGUUUAUUUAUGUACAUAUAUUUAGUGUGGAGAAAAAUAUGCAAAUUGUGCUUUGGCUGAAAAUCAAAAUGAAGUGUAUGCUAUGAAAAUACUUUUGUGCUAGAAAAAUAUUUUCGGAAAGUGUUGUUAAAGCUGUCUCUCGCGAUUUUAAUAUAUAUUUACAAUAUAUAUGUAUAUAUAGUAACAUACAUAUAUACAAAUGCUCUAUAAAUCUUUUAACUGACUUUUUGGUUGGUAUAUAGUAUAACUGUUUAAAUUUCUAGUUUGCAUUAAAUCUUCGCGGUCACUGUGCCAUAACUGUUAAUAUACAUACGUCUGAAUUUUAUACUUUUAGAUUUUAAAUAAUAAUUAAUAAACAAUUAUGAAAUAUGAUAUUAAUAUUAAAAUUAAUUUAUUAAACAAAUAACAAAAUUAACUGUAAACUUAAAACAAUAUAUAUUUUA